AUGUUUUGACAUACAUUCACAUGAAUGGAGUGUGCCACGUCAAUCUGGAAUUUUGAGCUGAUAUGAUCCAAUUUUACUACGCUCGGAUAGUGCAGGCAACAACCUAGCGAUGGAGGGUGCGAUUCCCGCGGAUAUUUUCACCUCCGAUUUGGCGGAGACGUUAGAAUCGGACGAAAACUACUGGUACCAGAAUGAGUUGCAGUUAGCAGCAGAGCUAGGCAAGACCCUUCUGGAGAGGAACCGAGAGCUUGAGACACAGUUGGCAGCGGCACAGCAGCUGAACCAUGACCAGACACUUGAGAUUGACUUCUUAGCGAAGCAGAUUGAGACCCUGCGGGAGCUAAACCAAUCGAAGAUGAGAGUAUACGAAGAGGUUGACAAGAACUCACAGGAGAUCGAAAAAAUCAAUCAGUCACUUCAGAGGGAAUGCAAGGCAGACAAGGAAAAAAUCAAAAGACUGAUUGAGGCAAUAAAUGGCAUGGAAACCAAGUGCGAGUCUUUACAGAAUGAGGUGGAGACUCUCAGACAGGCUGAACGUGAAGCACAGCAAAAACCAGUCGUGAAACGACGAACAAAGAGCGUGCCCAGUCUCAAAGAAUUAGGACUAUUCGCUGACUAUCAUUUAGUAACAAACAGUAGGCAAGGCACCUUGACUCCACAGGAAGUUGAAAUCAAGAAACUGCAGCUGAUUGUGAAAAACUUGAGUUCUAAACUGAGUUGUGAACAGCGCCGGAAUGACACUGCGGAGUCCGAACUCAUGGCUGUGACACUGGAGAAUAAGUUAUUAGCGGAUCGUGUGAGGGAGCUACAGGACAAUGCGCAUUUAAUCAAAAGACUUGAGAAGGAACUCCAGGAUUUGGAGAACCGGUCGUCCGGUAAGAAUGACGUUUUCUGUGAUAGGUGUAAGAAGUGUGUCGAUGCGGUUGAGAGGUUCGCCACAGUGCCGGAACAUGACGGAGAGUGUGAGAUCCGACACGCGGAACUGAUGAAACAUCAAAAUGGUGGCAGUAUCUAUGGGAGCAGGGAAUCUCUUCAAAGCGAAGGUGUGGACAAACAGGACUUGAGUACUUACGUUGCCGAGGAGGUUCAUAUCUCACUUCUAUCAGAACUUGACCAACAGUAUCAUCAUCUUGUUCAGAAAUACGAACAACUCUUAGAGGCGAAAGGGCGCAGAGAUUCAGGAAAGACGGACGCCCAUGACCAGAGAAGACAUAAAGAAGCACAGGUACAAACUGCGUUGACACCCAGAGCCCCAAGACCCCUUAGCCUACCACUGCCGGCGAAUUUUCGUAUUACAGCCAUGACUUUGCCAUCCCCUGGUGUUGAAGGAGAGCCCGAGUACAAGCAACUAUUCCGAGAGAUCUUCGACACUCUGCGGCGUACUGUUGAGGACCAGGAGGGUCUGACUCCUGUGGUAGCAGGCUCAAAGAGCCCGCUGAAGCCAACAAAUAAGAGGAAUGGUACAGACAAAGCGAAUACUUCUUGUAAAUGAAUAUCGAACGAUGUGGUGGCACCUUUUUUGCUAAGCACUAACUGAAUCAAUUUUGUACCCGUUUAUGGGUUCCACAAAAUAAUCUGACUGUCCUUCGAAAGGUUUUUUUAUUCUUCCUGAACUUCCUGUCUGGUCAUAUUCAUAUUAUUAUUGAUAAGUUUUUCCAUGGUCCUAUAUUUGUAUUAUGAUUUCGUCAGCUGUAGGCAGGUUUCAUCCAAAUACCAUGUCAUACGAAUGGCUUGAUAGCUGCCGUUUUCGCAAAUGGAACCUACUUCGGAUGACUAUUUGAGAACAUAUUGAUAACCUAUCUGUUUGUUUCAACAUGUUAUGGGUAACAGAGGUAGAGAUGGUUAGUCAUAUUCUGUCAAAAGGUGAUAAGCUGGCACUCUUAGCAUAACCAACACUUUCACAGAAUUACUCCGAUCAUCCUAUUUUCUCCUCAUAAAGAGUAUUUUGUGUCACUUCUACGUGUAGGUGGGACGUGGGAAAAUUUAGUGUUAGUUUUUUAAUUCAUGUUAUAUUUAAGAGUGUGUCGGUCAAUCAUGGAAAUGUAUCGUCGUAAUGAAAAUAUGGUUGGGCUAGUCUUUGUGAUAUUUUAUUCACUCGGUAGGUUAGUACGAAAAGCCUUGUAUUGUACCUCCAGUGAAAAUAGUUUUGGUCCCAUGCGAGAGAUGGUCCUGUAUGAGCUUAUUGUAACGAAAUAUCGAACUGUUUCUAUCAAAAACUUGGCAAAAAUUUCCUACAAUCCUAUAAACGUAGUAUUGGCGUUCCAUUUUGUGCUCUUAUCACGGCUGAUAUGCCUUCCAUUGAGACUAUCACUAUGUCAUUCAAAGUUCGAGUAGCCAGUGAGUAGACAAGUUGGGGCCAAGUGUCUGUCAUUAUUAUCAAAAUAAACUUGCCAAUUAGAUUUAAACCCAGUUGAGCAAAAUCUGUCGGGUAGUUUCUUUCGAACUCCCGAUGCCAGGGCGCAAAGUGAAUCAGUUCCCCGCAGAAGUUUAUACCUGCACUAAAAAGGUCAAUAUCAUAAAAUUUCCCACUCGGACGAACACUCAUCACUGGCCAGUUGUCUGUUUCCUACUGAUGUCUCUACUUAGUCAGUGGGUCUUGUUACACAUGGUAUAUCGAUAUCAUUGUUCACUGGUAGUUAGAGUGCAUGUGAUUGUGCAAGUUCUUAUGCAAGUUGGUUUGUGUUAGAUUAUCUCAACGAUUCCUGUUAUGCAAUCGUUUGUCUUUGACUAUGUGAUAUAAUAAAGACUGCAAUACAUAUAA